AUGGCGUCUAUUAUGAAUGAAUCUAUCGAGACUCGGCUGUUCAUUAACGGCGAGUUCCGGGAAUCUUCUAGUAGUAAAACGUUCGAGGUGGUAUAUCCAUACACCAAAGAGGUCAUUGCGCAAGUCCAAGAAGCCGACAUACAAGAUGUAGAGCAUGCCGUUACUGCUGCUAAAGCAGCAUUCCCCGCUUGGAGAGAUCUGGGCACGGAAAAGCGCGGCACAUACUUGAGCAAACUAUCCCAGCUCAUAUUGGAAUCAAACAACGAGCUGGCAAAGCUCGAUACUCUCUCCACCGGCCGACCGAUCUCGCAAUUCUUCGACGCUAGUUUUGCAGCCAGGUUCUUCGGGUACUUUGCUGGUGGCGGUUGGACCGCGCAGGGGACGGCCAGCCUCAACACACCGGGCCACCUAAAUAUGACAGUCAAACAGCCGUAUGGUGUAGUUGCGCUUAUCAUCCCGUGGAACUUUCCGCUUGUCAUGUUUGCCGCGAAGAUGGCGCCGGCGCUGGCGGCAGGCAAUACAGUUGUACUGAAGAGUAGUGAGAAAGCGCCGUUGACGUCUCUCUAUGUAGCCAAGCUGGUUGAGAAAGCGGGCUUCCCACCCGGAGUUGUUAAUAUCAUCUCUGGGUUCGGCAACCCUACUGGCGCGGCACUAGCAUCGCAUAUGGCCAUUCGCUGUAUCAGCUUCACCGGCUCCACUGCAACGGGCCAGAAGAUCCAGGCAGCAGCCGCAAAUUCAAACAUGAAGCAAGUGCACAUGGAACUGGGCGGGAAAUCACCGGCAAUUAUCUUCGAAGACGCAGAUCUGGAGGCAGCCGUUGCGCAGACACAGUUUAGCAUUCAGUUUGCUAGUGGACAAGUGUGCUCGGCGAACUCACGGAUCUAUGUGCACGAGUCUGUCGCUAAACAGUUUACUGAGCUAUUCCGUGAGAAAUUUGCUGCUGUCCGGAUGGGUGAUCCGCUCGAUCCUGAUACCUCGCAUGGUCCACAGAUUGAUCAGCUGCAGUAUAACCGGGUCAAGGAGUACCUUGAAAUCGGGGAGAAGGAUGGUACACUCAGUCAGGGCGGUGAUGCAAAGGACGGGUUCUUUGUGCGGCCGACCAUCUUCGAGGACGUCUCUGAAGACUCGCGACUGAUGCGAGAGGAGGUCUUUGGUCCGGUUGUUGCCAUCAGCACCUUUUCGACGGAGACCGAAGCGAUUGAAAAGGCGAAUAAUUCGGAGUUCGGUCUGUACGCCGCUGUCUUUACCAAAAAUAUUGAUCGCGCUGUUCGUUUGGCUACGGCUCUGGAUGCGGGCACUGUUGGGGUGAACUGCACUAGCCCAACGAGUGCUAUGGAUACUGCGUUUGGUGGGCUCAAGAUGAGUGGGAAUGGUCGAGAGGGGCUUCUGCAUAGUCUUGAUAGCUUCCUUGAGACCAAGAGUAUCUUGAUCAAGACAGCACCUCUAUGA